AUGAGAUCGACCGAGGCCUUGAUCAGUCCUGCCAAGUCACCAAAUGUCACUGGAUGUGCUACUAGAACAUCAUGCUCAGACUGCACAAGUGACACUGAUUGUGUCUGGUGUCACAGUGCCGCCAAGUGUACCUCUGGCUCAUUCUACGGCUCCAACCCAUUGGACACCUGUCGCGAUUUCAUGUGGAUGCAGUGCAACAUGAAGGGUAUCUACACUCUUUUGAUCUCUGCCGGUAUCCUGUUGGUGAUCAUCUUGUUCUUCAUUGCUCUGAUAUGCUGCUGCUGCCGUCGUCGCAAGACCGUCAUCUACAACAACACCUACACCAUCCAGGAUGAUGAGGCCAAGAACCUCAUCUCUUCGACGCCUGUCACCGAUCAGCGUCGCGAGCAGAUGAGAAUGAAGUAUGGAGUUGGUUCAUACCAGAACAGCAGCUCGUCCUGGAACUAA